AUCUCUCUUCUUGCAACAUGAAACACAACGCGUGGAUAACAACGAAAGUAGGAAAGCCAAAAAAGGUUGCAAAAAAUGCAUUUUUAAUGGUGUUAGAUUUUGGAUAAACGUGAUGUGGUUUUAUAAAAGUGUGUAAUGGAUGAUAUACUAUCUGCUGCGUUAGGUCAGAGCGGGCUAAACCUUUCAUUUUUGGAGGAACAACAUGAAUCAGUUGGUAAAACCUCAACGAAUUCGCAGGUAACUAGUAAACACAACAUUGUAAUAAAUGCAGGAAAUCCUGUCCAAAAUGAAGAAACUGGUGAAAACGAAGACGUCACUGAUUUAUUAAAUCUUCUUGAUGACCCAGUCAACCCUGUGACAACAUCAAAACUAACUCCUGGUAGCAGCAAUGGUAGUGAUAUGUUAAAUUUUUUAUUAAACUACAACUCUGACGAGGAGGUAAAUACCCCGACAACAGUUCCGUCACCAUCACUUGAAAGACUGUUAGAAAAUACUUCAGACUUCAGAGGAUUGUCAACGCAAUUUCCAAAAAUAAAACCUCAGGUUGCUAAACCAAAAAAAGUUAAUCCACCAAACUUGGGAGGUAAAAAUAUCAUGUGCACUUCACCAAAGAUUUCCCUGCAUACACCUCAAAGAAUUAAUAAAAGUAUAUCAGUUAUAUCUAGAUCUAACCAAAUUAUAAUAAAUAAAAUCAGUAGUAACAAAACUAGUAGAUCCAACUCACCAGUAACAAGAUUAACAACACCUAGUGGUGUUGAUCUGACUAAAAAUGUGAACUCAACUUUUCAAAAAGACGAAAUUACUGACUUAGAAAGAAAAAAACAGUCAAUAGAACACGUACUAGCUUCUCCAAAUUUGACAUUACGGGAAAGGGAAUUUAUCAUGAAGACUGCAUUAUCUCAUAAUGUCAAACCUACACUUCCACCCAACAAUUCUUCCAGGGGAUUGUCGUCAUUGUUGAACAUGUCCCUGAAUCAAAAGAUAGAGAAUAAUGAGGAGGAAGAUGAUGAAGAUGAAGAAAAUGGGAUGAUCCGCUCUGAAACUUUUGCAGAGUACAUGCCAGCUAAAGUAAAAGUUGGAUACCUUCAUCCUGAUCCUGUUGUUGAAACCAGCUCUAUGGCAAGCGUUGCUCCGCCAGAUGUUUGGUAUAGUUUGCAACUUCCACUGGAUAUAAUUAACGAAAGAAAGUUAUCUGCUUUGCAACUCGAAUCUGUAGUUUAUGCAUCACAGCAGCAUGAGAAAUUGUUGCCUAGUGGCAAACGUGCUGGCUUUCUGAUAGGUGAUGGAGCUGGUGUCGGAAAAGGCAGAACAGUAGCAGGAGUCAUAUUUGAAAAUUAUUUGCGUGGGCGUAAAAGAGCUAUCUGGUUGAGUGUAUCCAACGACUUGAGAUUUGAUGCCAUUCGUGAUUUAAGAGAUAUUGGUUGUCAUGCAAAAGUUCAUGCUUUAAAUAAGUUCAAGUAUGAUGAUAAAAUAACUUCAAAGGCAAAUGGCAAGUUUAAGAAGGGCUGCAUCUUUUCCACAUAUUCAGCCUUAAUUGGCGAAACCAGUGGUAAAGCCCGAUUUAAAAGUCGUUUGGACCAACUCCUACAUUGGUGUGGAAAAGACUUUGAUGGAGUUAUAAUAUUAGAUGAAUGUCAUAAAGCAAAAAAUCUGAUGCCUGUUGGUUCUUCAAAACCGACAAAAACUGGAUUAACUGUUCUAAUGCUACAAGACCAGUUGCCAAAAGCUCGCGUGGUAUAUUGUUCUGCUACAGGCGCUUCUGAGCCCAAAAAUAUGGCAUACAUGAACAGACUUGGCCUAUGGGGUCAAGGAACCGCCUUCCGUGACUUUGCAGGUUUUCUCCAGUCUGUUGAAAAACGUGGUGUUGGUGCAAUGGAGAUGGUAGCAAUGGACAUGAAGCUUCGUGGCAUGUAUAUUGCUCGCCAACUGAGUUUUGCUGGUGUCACAUUCGAUAUUAAAGAAGUUAAAUUGUGUUCAUCGUUUAUUGAGAUGUAUGAUGCAUCUGUAAAGCUAUGGCUUGAUGCUCGAACCAAAUUUGAAGAGGCAGCUAAUUUAGUUGGGUUGGAUGGAAAGGGAAGAAAGACUAUGUGGGGACAAUUUUGGUCAGCCCAUCAGCGUUUCUUCAAAUAUCUGUGCAUAGCAGCUAAAGUUGGAAAAGCUGUGAUCAUUGCUAAAGAGGCAAUUGAAACAGGAAAGUGUGUAAUCUUUGGUUUGCAAUCCACUGGUGAAGCUAGAACUCUAGAUCAAAUUGAUGAAUUAGGGGGUGAAUUAAACGACUUUAUUUCCACGACAAAAGGGGUGUUUAGCACUUUGGUUGAAAAGCACUUUCCAACAACUGAAACUGUUAACAAUUGUUACAAUACAGAAGUUGAUGAAAGAAAGAGAAAACGUGAUUGGCGCAAACCAUUAAGAAAAUCAUCCAAACGAAGGAAAGUGGUGAAUGGAGAUGUUGAAUUCAUGACAUCUGAUAGCUCUAGUGAGAGUGAAAAUGAAAUUGAAAGUGCGAAUGAUUCGAAUAAAGAUACCGUUGAUUCAACACAAUCAGAGAAAGACAGUGAUGCUGAAAGCGAAAGUGAAGAAAAGGAUCCCUUUGCUGAUACUUCUUCUGGAUCUGAUGACGAAGAUGCUUGGCUGCGGGCAGCUGACAACAAAAAAGCGAAAAAAGAAGAAAAAAUCAGUAAACUGAAGCUAAAAAGGGUGGGAACGUCUGUUGAUUCAAGCAUGAACGCACUUGCCGCAGCUGGAUUCAAUCUUGGUAGACAAUAUUCAUGGACGAAUACAUCACUAUCCGGCAUGGCAUCCACAGAGAACAUGAAGAGCAAUCGAUCAGAUAAAGUUGUUGCUCCGCAGGGUUUGUCUCAGCAAAUUUCCAAUUUGAAACGUUCCCAAUCGAUGAAGUUUGAAACCAAGUCGCAGCAGUGUCGACAAAUGAAACAAAGCCUUUUGGAUCAGUUGGAAAUCAUUGCACCGUAUUUACCGCCAAACACUUUAGAUGAACUAAUCGAUGAAUUAGGCGGACCUGAAUACGUUGCUGAGAUGACUGGCAGAAAAGGCCGUGUCGUCGCCAAAAGCGACGGUUCUUUUGCCUAUGAACCAAGAAGCAAAGAUGACGUUCCGUUAGAAGUUUUAAAUGUUGAGGAGAAGAAAAGAUUUAUGAGAGGGGAAAAACUUGUUGCAGUGAUAUCUGAGGCUGCAAGUUCUGGCAUAUCUUUGCAAGCAGAUCGCAGGGAACAAAAUCAAAGACGAAGGGUACACAUAACUCUGGAACUACCAUGGAGUGCGGACAAAGCCAUUCAACAAUUCGGUCGAAGCCACAGAUCAAAUCAAGUAUCUGCGCCGGAAUAUUUGUUUCUCAUAUCAGAAUUGGCUGGUGAGCAAAGAUUUGCGUCUAUUGUUGCGAAAAGAUUAGAGAGUCUGGGAGCCUUGACGCAUGGUGACCGAAGAGCAACAGAGUCACGUGAUCUCAGCCGUUAUAACUUCGAUACGAAAUAUGGACGUCAAGCACUAGAUGUUGUUUUUAAGUCUGUUAUUGGCCAUGAAAAACCUUUGGUGAAUCCGGAACCACCUACGUAUAAAGGCGUCUUCAUGGAAGAUGUCAAAAAAAGUUUGAUUGGCAUUGGACUAGUGCAGAAAGAUGAAAGGACAGGUGUUUAUUCAAUAGCUGACAAAGAUUACACGAAUAUCUCCCGAUUUCUAAACAGAAUAUUAGGUUUGACCGUAGCUCUUCAAAAUGCUUUGUUUUCGUACUUUACUGAAACGUUGGCUGCUGUAAUUAAAGAAGCAAAACGGUCUGGAAGAUGGGACGAAGGGAUUGUAGAUCUUGGCUCUCAGGGAGAAUCUGUGGUGCAGAGUGAAGUUAAAACAUUCCUGUGUCCAUCCACUUGUGGUCAAGUAACGACAGAACUGAGAACGGUAAGCGUCGAACGCGGACUUUCUUUCAGCAAGGCUGUUGAUAUGGCCAGACAAUGCCAGGAUCCAAAUGAGGGUUUUUAUCUUUCUUCACAGCUUCGCAAUGGAAAAAAGACCGCAGUUCUGAUAUUGAGACAAGGUUCUGCGAAGAAAACUAAUUCCUACACUUACUCAGUGUAUCGGCCGAACAUCGGUCUAGUGCAAAAAGCUGAAACGAUAAAAGAAAUCCGAAAGAAAUAUGAGAAGGCAUCGGCAAGUGAUGUUGAACUAAAUUGGAACGAACAGUACGACUAUUCUGAAAGCAACUGUUCUCACGCGUUUUGGCGUGGAUAUUGCAAAAGAAAACUCGUUGGCCUUUCCUGUGAGGUCGGUGCUCGCAAGAAAACCUGUCAUAUUUUGUGCGGUUCAGUUUUGAGCGUGUGGUCGAAGGUGGAAACCAUCCUGUCUUGUCAGCCAGGACCGCACUCAAAAAUGCAAAUCAUUCGAUCCAAACUUGACAACGGCCUAAAGUUAGUAGGCUUGCUUAUACCAAGUAAUUGUAUCGAUGCUUUGGUGCGAGUUUUAACUGCCGACGAUACAAUCGAACAACAAUUCUAGAAAUGGCUGAAUACGCCUUAUACGAAAUGUAAAUAAAUUCAAUAUACCGUUUUGCUAGCUAAGUCUUCUUUGUUGAUAUUUUGUUUCUCGCAAAUACACUUUUUUAUGGCAGUGAAGGAGGAAUUUCUAACGCAUUGUUAAAAACGCGAAUGUUAGUUGGGUUUUACUUUGAAAAUAAUUAUAUCUUUUUUUGUUUAUAAAAAAAAGUGAUAUGAAGUGAAGAAUGUAGAUUAUUUAUAUUUCAAAUGAAAAAGAAAACUUUAAAGACAA